AUGUGGCCAGCUGUUCCUACGACGGCGGUGACUGUGAUGCACCAGCGAGCAAGUACUGUCACAUUACACACGUCAGCGACACGGCCCCCGGGGUAUCUGACCGUGGGUGAAGGCGACGAUCUGCACAUGACUCUAGAGAAGCCUACCGUGCGUUGGUACAUUGGCAACACUGACUCUUUCCGCCUGAGUCACAAUGGCUUGUACAAGAUUGCAGGAGAACCGGAGCUCGGUACUGACGGUGACAACAUUUUGAUAGACAUUACCAGUGAGCUGUGGUCAGCCUGGUAUUUUUCCGGGGGUUAUAUUGUGAGCAGCAUGAACGACUAUAUUCUUGUGGACUACUCUUCGUUUGAUAUAGUCAAGUUGAUGGUGCAGAGGAAAUCCGAGGUCUACGAGGAUCAGAAGUGGAUAUUCACGGAUUGCGCGUACUAG